AGUCUCUUGCUGACCGUAGACUGGUUAGCAUUUGUGGUAUAUUAUAGACGAUAAUUUGCACGCUGUAUACGUGAAAAGACUUUAAAUGUUUCCAAUCAUUUUCUAAAUUACGUUAUUCAACCAUCAUUAUGCAAGGGAACGGAAAUCUAGUAAUAACGUUUACCAUGUAAUUGAACUCAAACUUUUGACUUUAAUCGAAUUAGAUAAAAAGUUUAAUCACAAAGUAGUUUAAUGUUAAAAAGUUGGUGAGAGAAUUGUGCGCGACAGUCAGUGCAUUAACCGAGUAUAAUAAUACAGCAGAAAAAAGACUAUCUAAUUUAUUCGGAUACGUACAGUGAUUUGAGAGAUAUAUCAAUGCUAUUUUAUAAAAUAUAAGUACUCAUGCAGAGGAAGAAGAAGUGCUGAACGAUAGAUUUGUGUUGUUUUUGGAGGAAUUACAGCGCAACUACUUUUUUUCCGUCAAUUUUCGGUGUACCAACUAGUAAUGUGUUUUUGUUACAACAAAUAAGACGUGAAAAAUAUUCUUCACUUGACUUCUCUUGCUAAAAACAGGUUUUCUAAACAAUAAUCACGAAAAAUCGCAUUGGUAGACUGUUAAACAUAUACCACAUUUCGAUAGUUUCUUGUACCUUGAGGCGCAUAUUGUGGUGAAAUGUUAUGAAAUAGAUCAAUUAACAGAGUUUGAAAGUUUGUUUUCAUUGCACGGUGUGUUUACUGGUCCUUUAACUAUAAAUUUUAUCGAAAAUUAUGGAGUUUCUGUCGAAUUCAAUCGUUCGUUCAACCAUUUAUUAUUUAUUCAGAUUCAUCGACGAAAUCAUGAGCUAUGCAAUGAGGCGGUUUCUACGAGGUGCCAUGGUUGUAUUCGGUUGGUUCGUGGUACCGUACAGUCGGAUAUCAGUAUUCCGAACAGCCAAACGACGAUUACCGGCAAUAACAAAUCCAUUGCUGGAAAUUCCAGCUGUAAAGUUAGCAGAGAUGAUACGAAACAAAGAGGUUACAAGCGAGGCGAUUGUACAGGCAUACAUCGACCGAUGUAAGGAAGUCAAUCCGAUACUGAAUGCAAUCGUUGACGAACGAUUCGAAGAAGCAUUAAAAGAAGCACGGAUUAUUGAUCGAGACAUCAGUAAUGGAGUUCGAACCAAAGAACAAAUGAAAGACCAAACACCAUUGCUGGGACUACCAGUAACUAUCAAAGAGAGCAUCGCUGUAAUGGGCCUUCGCAAUCAGGGCGGGCGUGUGUUUAAAGAGAAGCGUGUUGCUGAAGAGGAUGCUCCAUGCGUUCAGCAAGUUAAAAAGCACGGCGGUAUGGUACUGCUUGUGAGUAACACACCAGAACUGUGCAUGUGCUGGGAAACGUACAACAAAGUAUCUGGCCAGACGAAUAAUCCAUACGACAAUCGCAGAACGCCGGGCGGAUCAUCCGGUGGCGAAGCAGCACUAUUGGGAAGCGGUGCUUCACUGAUAGGAUUGUCAUCGGAUAUUGCAGGCUCUGCUAGACUUCCUGCCAUGUUUUCCGGUAUUUUCGGUCACAAGCCAACUCCGUACGCUGUAUCGUACCAAGGACACAUACCGGGUUGUAGUGACAGAAAUUUCGGUGAUUACUUUACAAUAGCUCCGAUGGCUCGAUACGCUUGCGAUUUGCCACUUUUGCUGAGAUGCAUAAGCGAUCCGAAUGGAACCAAAUUGACACCCGAAAGGGAGGUGGCUAUCAAUGACAUCAACUUCUUUUUUAUGAAUAACGAUGGGCCAUCGGGAACCACCAGAGCGUUGAGCGGAGAUGUUAAAAGAGCUAUCGACGAUGUGGCCAAACACUUCAAUGCCAAACUCGUGAAAAUAGACAAGCUGAAAUGGUCUCUAGAACUGGCAAUGUCUAUGAUGUUACGCAUCGAAAACGUCGAAACAAUUUACAAUAAAGGAAUCGAUGGCGAACCAAAGAAACGCCUCGGCGUCGAGACGAUUCGUUAUCUGUUGGGCAGAUCAGAAAGUAUUUUUCCGUCUGUGGUUGUGGGUCAUUUACAAGAGUUGGUCAAAUUAUUUCCGGAAUCGCGACACAAUCAAUUGACCAAAAUUGCAUCAAAACUGAAACAGGAAUUUCAAGAAUUACUCGGUACAAAUGGUGUUUUUAUCUAUCCCACAUUUCCGGACACAGCACAUUAUCACUAUGAAAUUUAUCACAAACUAGUCGACACCAGUUACAUGAUGGUGUUCAAUGCCAUUGGUUUACCAGUCACAAAUUGUAUGGUUCGUCUAGAUAAAAACAAUUUACCAAUUGGAAUACAGGUGGUUACAAAUCCGGGCCAAGAUCAUUUGAUACUGGCUGUAGCUAAAUCGAUUGAGGCUCAUUUCGGAGGAUGGGUCAAACCUCCGGCAUAGUCUAAAUAGAUGCGACAAAUUUGUAUUUUUAUUUGUAAUUACCAGAAUGUAAUAUAAGAUUAUUUAACGACGA